AUGGCCACCACCUUCACGCUGCUCGGGGCAGCCUCGUCCCACGGCCCCGGCGCCGGCCUCGCCGCCGGAGAUGACGGCCAUCAUAACUGCAACGGGUGCUACCACUGCCAGAAGAUCAGGAGGGCGCUGCUCCAGAUGCAAGAGCUGGAGAGCCACCUGAUCGACCGGAAGAAUGGCCGGGUGAGCGUCUGGGGCGCCUUCAGCCCGCAGGACGUGGCCAUCAAGAUCAGGAAGCGGACCAACCGGCGCGUCGAAAUACUAGAGCUCUGGGAGGCCGCAGGGCCGGGGGGCGGCGACGAGCAGGGCGUCGGCGGCGGGCAGAUGCCCUGA